AUGAAGUUCUCCGCUUCUCUUUUGGCCCAGAUCGUUCUUGCGACGACCGCGUUUGCUGCGCCAUCGAGCAAGGAACGCCUCGCUAGUCGCGUUGCGCGCCGUGAGGCUGGGCGUCUGUCCUCUCAGCCCAAGAUCCCCGGCUCUGGCCUCGUGCCCACCCCCGAGACUACUAACUCUACGCACCCUACUGAGUUCUCUUCGAACUGGUCUGGCGCCGUCUUGAUCGCUGGUAGCGGUACCUUCAAGACUGUCACGGGUACCUUCACCGUCCCGACUCCCCGCGAGCCCUCGGGCAGCACCAGCAGCCACUCUUCCUCCGCGUGGGUCGGCAUUGACGGUGACACUUGCGGUAGCGCCAUCCUUCAGACCGGUGUCGACUUCACGGUCAGCGGCACCAGAACCUCGUUCGACGCUUGGUUCGAAUGGUUCCCGGCUGCUGCUGUAGAUUUCACUGGCUUCUCCGUUAGCGCCGGUGACUCCAUCACUGCCACGGUCACGGCAUCCUCGACUACCUCCGGCACGGCGACCCUCACGAACCACCGCACGGGCGCCAGCGUCUCGCACUCUUUCACGCGCCAGCCUGCUUUAUGCCAGGAGAACGCCGAGUGGAUUGUCGAGGACUUUGAGGAGGGAGGCUCCCUUGUACCGCUGAGCAACUUUGGGACCGUUACUUUCACCGGUGCCAGUGCUGGCGGCGCCUCUCUCUCUGGUGCCACGAUCAUCAACAUGGAGCAGAACGGCCGUGUUCUCACCAGCGCAUCGGCUAUCAAACAGCUCCGCAUCUCCCUCACCAAGAACUCUCUCAGUUUGACAGGAACUCCUUUCAAUCCUUUCGUACACGCCGUCAAACUAUAG